AAAUGUUACAUGUCUUAUCAUUCAUACAACUUCGGCUUUGUAAGUAGUAACAAACAGCAAUAUUAUGCCAUAUAAUUUAUAAUGUGCACUGGUGGGCUAACCGUAAAAAACAAUCAAAUCGGGUUUUAUCAUGAAAAUCGGACUGAUUAUAAUUUUGAUCGCGUUUCUAGUGAAGUUUUGUAGAGGUGGUUACGGCACAAACGGUGGAAUUUAUGAUGAAGAAUCAUUUCAUAAAGAGUUUGAUGGUCAUCUUCGAUUUACAGCAUGCGAUGGACUAACUAAACCUGCUAUCAUAAUAACCAAGCUCGAUGUGAAUCCGAAAAUGUUUUUUAUUCCCCAAAAUGUUUCCAUGACAAUUGGUUUUGAAUUCACGAAAAAUAUUGAACCACCUAUAAUGGUCAAAAUCGAUAUUUCUAAGCAGCUAGGAUUUAUGGGAUACGUCAAACUUCCAUGUAUUGCUAAUUAUGGAUCGUGCACUUUUGGAAGAAUUUGUGAAAUUUUGGAUACGUAUCCGGAAGAUUCCUUUGCGUAUAAGGUUUCUUGUCCUAACUGGCUUAAAAAAGCGGGAGUUAAAUGUAAAUGCCCGGUCACAAAGGGCAGCUAUGGGGUAGCAAAUGUUAGAGUGCCCAUCGAAUCAACAAUCGUACCAAAAUGGAUAGCCACGGGUGAUUAUAAAGCGGCGUUAAUAAUUGACGAUGGAAAUCAAACUGUUGGUUGUUUCAAAUUUCAAUUUCGCUUGCGUUAAAAAUUCAAUGGAACAAUUAAAAACAUAAAAAUUUAAUUUUAACUACUGUAAAAUAUGAAUAAAACGAUUUUAA